AUGGGGGUGGCGAUGGGGGUGGACGUGGUGGCGGCGGCGGUAGCGGCGGCAGUGGAGGUGGUGGGGGUGGUGGCGGCGGCGGUGGUGGCGGCAGUGGGGGUGGUGGGGGUGAUGGGCGUGGAGGUGGUGGUGAUGGUGGACAUGGAGGUGAUGGGGGUGGUGAUGGGGGUGGACGUGGUGGUGGCGGUGGUGGCGGCAGUGGUGGUGGUGGUGGUGGUGAUGGUGAAGGUGAUGGUUGUAAAACCUCUGUACCUUUGGUGUCGGUGGUGGUGUAGGUCGUGUUGUCUGGUGGUGGACGCAAUAGUAGCCCACGUGACGGUAGAAUUCCCUCUGGUUGGGGGGACGGCAUCGUUGUGCACUCGACUGACUGGCAAAUACAUGCGAACGCAGCAACAAUUCAGCUGCGCCGGGAGGCAAUGA